CAAGAGAAAAUUGCUGGUGUCGUACUUUGGCUAAAGCCCGGCCAAACCCUUGAUAUCGGCCUGUGCACCCUCUUACGAUCUGGAUUCCAUAAGGUACUCCUCGGAUGGGGUAUUGAAGGCAUGAAGAGGUUGACAGUAGAGUUCUCGCCAGCAGUAGAACAUGCGCUGGAGAAAACAUUCAAGGCCAGACAGUUAGAUAGGCUGGAUUCAUGGCACCUUCUUACGAUCGUCGUUGACCCUGAGCAUGAAGGAAAUGGGCUUUGCUCGCUUAUGAUGAAGGAUGGUUUCGCCCGAACUGCACCAAAACCUGUCCACCUCGAAGCUACAACAAGUAAAUCGCGCGACAUUUACGCCAGAUAUGGCUUUGAGGUCAAUGAGGAACACCGAUACGGUAAAGGCAAGGUUGAUUCUAACGGAUUAAAAGCGAGAGGAGACGCUGCAACUGGAUAUCCGGAAUGGAUUAUGACGAAGGCAAGUACC